AUGUCCGCUGGCUGGACCCAGGUGAGGCAGACGGUGGAGUCCGAGUGGGAGAAGACAAUCGUGCCGGCCAUCUCGGCCUACAUCGAGGUGCCGAACCAGAGCCCGCAGUUCGAUCCCGAGUGGGCCACCAAUGGCCUGCAGGAGAAGGCCUUUGGCAUCCUCAUCGAUUGGAUGAGUGCGCAGAACGUGCAGGGGCUCACGUACGACUACCUCACCGCGGAUGGCCGCACGCCGUUCCUUCUCGUCGAGAUCGCCGGCACAGAGCCGACCAAGAACACGGUGCUCAUGUACGGCCACAUGGACAAGCAGCCGCCUCUCCGCCCGUGGGCGGAGGGUCUCGACCCCCACAAGGCGGUGGUGCGCGAUGGCAAGCUGUACGGCCGCGGUGGCGCCGAUGACGGCUACGCGCUCUUUGCCGCCGUCACGGCCAUCGCGUCGCUGCAGCGCCACGGCGUCCCGCACGGCCGUGUCGUGAUCAUGAUCGAGGGCGGCGAGGAGUCGGGCAGCCCGGAUCUGGACUACUACAUGGAGCGCUGCAAAGAGCGCAUCGGCAAGGUGGACCUCAUGGUGUGCCUGGACAGCGGCAGCAUGAACUACUCGCAGGUGUGGCUCACGACGUCGCUGCGCGGCGUUGCGAUGGGUGAGCUGACGGUGCAGACACUGACGGAGAGCAUGCACAGUGGCGUCGCCGGCGGCGUUGUGCCGGACACGUUCCGCAUCACGCGCGAGCUCCUCAGCCGCAUCGAGGACUGCAAGACGGGCGAGGUGCUGUUCCCGGAGGCCCACUGCGAGAUGCCGGCCUACGCGGUCAAGGCGGCGGAGUCGAUGAAGACGGUGCCGUUCAAGGAGCAGUUUGCCAUGGCGGCAGGCGUGGCGACGGUGCCUGGCGACAACGUCGAGCUGGCGAUUCAGAACUUUUGGAAGCCGAGCCUCACCGUGACGGGCGCCAACCUGCCGGACCCGCAGAUCGCCGGCAACGUCAUCCGCACCCACACGACGGUGAAGCUUUCCAUGCGCCUGCCACCCCUG